AUGUCCACUCAACACGACGCCGCCUCUAUCGCCCGCGUCUCCUUAUACGACCCCACCCACUUCAGCAUCCAGCACUCCCAAACCUUUCACCGCCUUGUGCUCCUGAAGCACUGGAACAUUCCCACUGACUCCAAGGUGCUGGAACUAGGAUGCGAGCAAGGGGACUGCACGACUGUCCUUGCCUAUGCUGUGGGCGAGCAGGGGAGAGUGGUGGCGGUCGAUCCGGCGGAAUUGGAUUAUGGUGCCCCGUAUACUCUCGGCCAAGCACAGGCUCACAUCUCGCAAGGCCCGCUGGGUGGGCGGAUUACUUGGGUCCAACAACACCCCCUGGACUACCUCUCCUCCCUCUCCUCCCUCUGCUCCCUCUCCUCCCUCUCCUCCCUCUGCUCCCUCUCCUCCCUCUCCUCCCUCUCCUCCCUCUCCUCCCUCUCCUCCCUCUCCUCCCUCUCCUCCCUCUCCUCCCUCUCCUCCCCCUCUUCCACCUCUUCCACCUUCUCGCCGCCCGCCAGCGAAAGUAAGGCCUUCGACGCAACAGUGCUCGCCCACUGCCUAUGGUACUUCGCCUCCCCCUCGCUCAUCCUUUCCACCUUCCGUGCCCUGAAGCAGCACAGCAAGCGUCUCCUCCUUGCUGAGUGGUCGUUAGUAGCGACACACCCCUCCGCCCAGCCUCACGUAUUAGCUGCGCUCACCCAGGCAGCGCUGGAGUGUCGUAAACCCAAGAACAGCGACUCGAACGUCCGCACGGUGCUGGGGCCAAAGCGGCUUACCGAGUUGGCCCUGGCUGCCGGGUGGCAGCUGGAGAGUGAGACCCUCGUGCAAGGUGGGGAAGGGUUGUUGGACGGACAAUGGGAAGUCUCUGCUUGUCUUUCUUCCUCUUUCGAAAGGGAAGUAGAGGAGCAAGUGAGUGAUGAGAGGGAACGGGCGGUGGUUCUUGCGUCACGGGAUGCGUGUGAGGCGAGCUUGGAGGGUAUACAGGGGGGUCGGAAAGGAGUUAGGGCCAUGGAUGUUUGGGUUGCUAAUUUCGUCUGA